AUGGCGAAGAGUACUGAUAAAACUACAACAAAUACAAAUGCGAACAAAUAUAGUGCAUUUCCAUUUGCAACACGACACAAUGCCAUUGACGAAGAUUAUGAAAUAUCAAAAGAAGCGUUAGGUUGUGGUGUAAAUGGUAGAAUACUCAAAUGUCAACAUCGUCGAACAGGUCAAAAAUGUGCUCUUAAAAUUUUAAAAGAUUCACCCAAAGCUCGACAAGAAGUUAUUCUGCAUAAAAUAGCAUGUGAUUUAAAAGAAGACAAUUUACUCUUAACAAAUGACAGAAAUGAUGCUAUUCUCAAACUUUGUGAUUUCGGAUUUGCUAAAAAAGGAGACAAUCAAUUACUGCCAUUUACCACUCCAUUAUUUCCAGCAUGUCAUGUUGCACCAGAGAUUCUAGCUCGUGAAAAAUAUGAUAAAGCCUGUGAUAUUUGGUCGAUGGGUGUAAUUAUGUAUAUUCUUCUAUGCGGUUAUCCACCUUUCUAUCCAGAAAGUGAGCAACAGCUUAGUCCUCAUAUAAAAACGAAGACUAGGGCUGGUAGGUAUGAAUUUCCUGAUGCUGAAUGGCGAAAUAUCUCAAACGAAGCAAAAUCGAUUAUUCGACGAAUGCUUACAGUUGAUCCAACAAGUCGUAUUACAAUCGGUGAGAUUCUCACAUCUCCAUGGCUUACUGAAUUGACAUCUGAAAGACCAAUUGAUAUGACUGUAUUGCAAGAUGCUGAAACUCGACAACAAUUACAAGCUGCAGUUGCAUCUGCUACGGAUACUCAACGUCUAACUGAUGAUGAUUUAGGCAUUAAAAUAUCUGCACCAGGCAAAUCACGUAUUGAUAAACGAGCAGCCAAGAAAAAAGAACAGAUGCCUCCUACCGGUGACACUUCUUUUACAUAA